AUGAGGCGAAGAUUUUGGGUGCUGCUACACUCGCUGCAAUGGGCCGGGCGGUGUAGCAGUUGCAAGGGCAAAUCCAGUGCCGACAAUUCCGACGGUGCAGGCGAAGAGGAGGCGGGGGCGAAGGAUGAGGCGUUGCAACGACUUGUGCACUCACUCGGAUUUGAGAUGCAGGAAAUGGAACGACUUGUGCGCGGCUUUGCCACGGGUGAAAAGAAAUCUACAGUUGCCGCACACAAAAAGGAUUCUGCGUCUUGCAACAGUCUUGCAGAUGUGUGUACGAAACACUCAGUGUUUUUGCUGCCGUUUUGUAAAGUGGCAAUGGCGUACAAGGGUUUGAGGGCCACGUCCGCAAAAUACAGAGGCACGGCGGGAACCGUGACGACCAGUGAGUACGGGGAGACGGAGGCGACAGCUCUGCUUCACCGCUGUGCCCGCCGCAUUGGAGCGAAGGUAAACAUUCGGGAGGUGAAGGAUCUUUCCGAAAUUCAGUUGCUUGGAGGUGCACUUGCCACACUGUUUGCGGCGCUUUGGGACUCUAUGCGGGGGUUUCGGCGCGAGGGUAAAUACCGCUGGCAGGAGCUUUUGAACGGUGAUGCAGAGAAGGUAAAACAACUACACACAUGGCGUUACGAGGUAAUUAAGAUGCAUGUGGAGGCUUUUGUAUCUCUUCAGGAUGCGUGUCGUUCAGUGUUUGGCAUGGCCUUAAAGGAUGUCCCCAGCAGACAAGGUGAUGCAGCAUUUAGACAGACGUUGUGCCUGUGCAUUAGCACGAUCAAUUCCAUGACGCUUGCUAUUUCAGAUGAACUUCAUUGGCAUCUUUCGCGGCCUUCUGUGAAGAAAAAUGACGAAGAAGAACGGCGGCUGCUUGAACGCCGCAUAACCGACUGCGUUUCAUCCAUGCGGAAUUUAACCAACACGUUUUUGGCAGGGAUGGUUGAGGAAAACGUCACCGUUAUCGAGGACGCGGAAGGUGGCGUUCAGAUUUUAUCCGUUAUUUGCGCGAUUGAAGAUAUUCUUGCAGUCAUGGAGAACAGCGUAAAUCUUCCCGUUGGCGUGGAUGGAUUUGAUGACAGCCGCUUUUUCACGUUGUUGAUCAUGUGGCUUUUACAGACCGCGUCGUCACUUUUUCACGCUCCUUCCUUGAACGAGGAGCGGCGGUUUGUUUCGUGUUUACAAAAACUGUGGCAGAAGUUGGCACCCCCACUUGAGCAGCGCUCCAGUGACAAGGUGAUGACGCACCGCACGAUACAUGCUUCUCUUAACCUUCGCUAUGCCCGCCUGAGGUCUGAGCCCCAAGGAGGUGAAGGCGACAAGUCGUUUGUGUCAAAUCCGGCAACGUCAGCGCUUCUCCUUCGGAUGCUGGAACGCACUGUGAGCACAUUUCUCUCAUGGCAACUAAAGCGGGAUGCAGUAAAGCCCUCUAUGGUGCUUCCCUAUGCUGUCCUUUGCCGCACAGUGUUGGAGGUGGAGGUGGAAAUAUACUUUUUGGCGUGUAAAAAGACGGGCCGCGAGUUAACAACUCCGACGGAUCUUUUCCACACGGGGGUGGAUAACAGAAAAGAGGGCACACCUACGGAUUUGGAAUGGGAAGAGAUUUUGAAAGCGACGUCUUCUUUGCGUGUUGCCGUCAGUUCUCUUGUGCAUGCGUACAUGCGGGCUUUUGUGUCGCAAGAUUUGUCUGCGUUUGCGUUAAUGGAGGGAAAAAAAGGUGAUUUUUCAUUUGUUAAGCGCUCCGUGUAUCGAUUUAUGAGCGGCAUUUCAACCUCCUUCUUUCCACUGCUUCGCCGGCACUACAUUGACAGUGCCGGAAAGGAGGUGCUGACGAGCUCUCUGCGUUCUUUUUUGGCUUUGAAGCAGGUGAGUGACAUCAUGGAUGGUGACGGAGAGGAGCGACGCCAUGGAGUAAACUCAACGUUUCGAGUGUGUGGAGUGAGUCUUUCACAGGCGACGGAGGUGGCUUUUUUUCUCUCUUUAUAUCGUCGCGACCAUUUAUCACUAAUAACUGGGUCAAGUGAUCCUGCCGAUGCGAUUGAUGGCCAUGCGAUUUCUUCAUACGUCAAGGAGGUUCUGUUUGCUCUUGAUCACAGCACAGCGAAGCAGCUGUGGCAUUUGCGCAGCACAAAAGUUUUGCGGUGCUUUACGGGUGUCUCGUACGAGGGUGAAGUCACCGACGAACGGCAGCAGCGAAGGCAGGCACAAUCAAUUCUAAGUGUUGUACAUGCGCAUGUCGUUCAUCCCUCAUUUCUAUGGAUGCCUCUUUUUCAGCUGCAGGAGGUGUUGUUCGUUUUGGCACAAAACCGAGAAUUAAUUGAGGGACUCCAGCCGUAUUUAAAAUCCCCGAAGGCAGAUGAUUCAGCGACACUUGCUGUUUUUCACGUAGGAUCUGCGGGUGGGACGCUCCGGCACUUUGCGAAGGUACUCGGAUAUGUCGCGUUGCGUCUUUAUGUGGUGAGCAACGUCCUCCGCUGCUAUCGCGAGCUUCUUCCGACGGAGGAAUGUCCCUCGCGCCUAGCACUGAGGGAUUCUACGUCUGGGGCGAAGAAACGGCGGGAGUGGGCGAAGAACAUGGCUCUCACGCUGCAAAAGAGCUUCCCGGGGUUGGCGGCAGAAGUGGAAGGACUUGACCCCAAACGUCGCACCCACCGCAAGCGGGCAAAUCGACGCGUCCUGGCGCGACUGGAGACAGCUUGUAUUUUUGCGGUGGACCAAAAAUUGCUGUUUCAUGUCAAGAAGCAACGGAGGAAGUGGCGAGCAAAAAGGGCGAUGCAGCGUUUAUUGGACGGUAGCGAUGGAGAUGGCGGAGGAAAUAACACCGUUUCGGCAAUCGCUUUAUCCGAGACGGUGGCCCAAGAUGAGAUCCUUACAAUUUUUCUCAAGAGAACUGACGCAAGAGCACCGUUGGGGUUUUCCCUCUAUGGGGAGCGUCCGCGUAUACGCCGAAUAGCGGGCUCAGAACACAAGGACGAUAAUGAGGGGAGGUCCGUUGAUGAAAAUAUGAAAGACACUCCGUUUUCAGCUGCACUCCGGGCCGCCGGGGUUGUGGAGCCCCGCAGUGUUGUUGGUUGGUGUGUUGUGCAGAUUGACGGCGCCGACGUGGAGAGUAGCAAAGCCGUCAUCACACUCGUGCGGGGGAAGCAUGAAUUUUCCAUGUCGCUCUCGCCUCCUGCGUAA